GGAAGAGAUCGCGCUCUUGGGCCGCCGGCUCGCCUUCUGCCGGAGUUCUCGCGGCCCUAGUCUCGGCGUUUGCUCUGGACCGGGGUCCAUCUGUUGGUAUCUCGGGUACCCUCCCUCACCCGGCUGGGGCAGAGCGAGCGCCCCUCCUCCCGACGGCGGUCCAUGGAGUAGGUCCCGGACCGUUGUCCCGAAGAGCGAGAUCGAGCUUGGCCCCCUCCCCCUCCCUCCCUCCUUCCUGCCGCCGCAACAUGGCUAACAACAGCCCCGCGCUGACAGGCAACUCGCAGCCACAGCACCAGGCGGCCGCGGCCGCGGCCCAGCAGCAGCAGCAGUGCGGCGGCGGCGGCACCGCGAAGCCUGCGGUCUCGGGCAAGCAGGGCAAUGUGCUGCCGCUGUGGGGCAACGAGAAGACUAUGAACCUCAACCCCAUGAUCCUGACCAAUAUCCUGUCGUCGCCUUACUUCAAAGUGCAGCUCUACGAGCUCAAGACCUACCACGAGGUAGUGGACGAGAUCUACUUUAAGGUCACACAUGUUGAACCAUGGGAGAAAGGAAGCAGGAAAACGGCAGGCCAAACAGGGAUGUGCGGAGGGGUUCGAGGUGUUGGAACAGGAGGAAUUGUUUCUACAGCUUUUUGCUUGUUAUACAAAUUAUUUACUCUAAAGUUAACUCGCAAGCAAGUGAUGGGUCUCAUAACGCACACAGACUCUCCAUAUAUUAGAGCCCUUGGAUUUAUGUAUAUAAGGUACACACAGCCCCCUACAGAUCUGUGGGAUUGGUUUGAAUCCUUCCUUGAUGAUGAAGAGGACCUAGAUGUGAAAGCUGGUGGAGGCUGUGUAAUGACCAUUGGAGAAAUGCUCCGGUCUUUUCUCACAAAACUGGAGUGGUUUUCUACCCUGUUCCCAAGAAUUCCUGUUCCAGUUCAGAAGAAUAUUGAUCAGCAGAUUAAAACCCGGCCUAGAAAAAUCAAGAAAGAUGGGAAGGAAGGUGCUGAGGAAAUAGACAGACAUGUUGAACGUAGACGUUCAAGGUCUCCCAGGAGAUCACUGAGUCCACGGAGGUCCCCAAGAAGAUCAAGAAGUAGAAGCCAUCAUCGGGAGGGCCAUGGGUCUUCUAGUUUUGACCGAGAAUUAGAAAGAGAGAAAGAACGCCAGCGACUAGAGCGUGAAGCCAAAGAAAGGGAGAAAGAAAGGCGAAGAUCUCGAAGUAUUGAUCGGGGCUUGGAACGGAGGCGUAGCAGGAGUAGAGAAAGGCAUAGAAGUCGUAGUCGAAGUCGUGAUAGGAAGGGGGAUAGAAGGGACAGGGAUCGGGAAAGAGAGAAAGAAAAUGAAAGAGGUAGAAGACGAGAUCGAGACUAUGACAAGGAAAGAGGUAAUGACCGAGAAAAGGAGAGAGAACGGUCUAAGGAACGGCGAAGUAGGGGUGAGGUAGAAGACAAGAAACAUAAAGAAGACAAAGAUGAUAGGCGGCACAGAGAUGACAAAAAAGAUUCCAAGAAAGAGAAAAGGCACAGCAGAAGUAGAAGCAGAGAAAGGAAGCACAGAAGCAGAAGCAGAAGCAGAAAUGCAGGGAAAAGAAGUAGAAGCAGGAGCAAAGAAAAACCAAGUAAACAUAAAAAUGACAGUAAAGAAAAACCAAACAAGCGAAGUCGAAGUGGCAGUCAAGGAAGAACUGACAGUGUUGAGAAAGCAAGAAAACGGGAACACAGCCCCAGCAAAGAAAAAUCUAGAAAGCGUAGCAGAAGCAAAGACCGUUCCCACAAACGAGAUCACAGUGAUAGUAAGGACCAGUCUGACAAACAUGAUCGCCGAAGGAGCCCAAGUAUAGAACCAGAGAGCCAAGAAAAACAGCAUAAAAACAAAGAGGAGACUCCGUGAAAGUUUUUUUGUAAAAGUGGAUCACAUUGAAUCCUAUAAAUGUUUGAUUAAAUCUGCUUUUUUCCCCCUUCCUGAGUUGAGAUUGUGCAGUAGCUAAUGCACUCUUCAAGCUCCCUGUAGGCUGCAUUUUCAUUUCCUCUUCUGUGUAGGGAAGUGCCUUUGUAAUCCCAUUUAUUGCAUUGAUGUUUUCACCCAGUUGUUGAGUUUGAUACAUGAUGCAGAUUGUUCUUGCAUUUUUAUCGUUUGAUUUUGAGAUGUACAGUCUGUACAUAUGUCCUGAAAAUGUUUUAAUUCCUUUGGCAUGGUUGCCAUGUUGGUUAAAUUUGUAUAAGGCAAUAAACUGCCACUAAUUCUAUUUUUGUUUUGUAGGUGUGGGAUUAUGGUUUGUGUACUGAAGUUAGCAUGGCUGUGCUUUUCCUAAUAGAAUGCUAAAGACUUUGAGAAUGGAUCUUUGAUGUCUAUUAUAGGAGAAUUACGUGCUUUCAAUGUACAUGAAGGCAGCAGUUGUAGGAUUAACAUUCUUGUCCACUGUAUAUUAUCUUGGAAGGCUCUUGUUAAUAUGUUAUACUUCAUAUUCUCCACAGUUAACUUUAGAGAGAAUUUAUGAGAAGUUAGUUUCUGAUGCAGAGGUUUAAAUUAGGCUGUGAUUUGAUCAAAAGUCCUUUUAGCAUUCUACCUCAAAGGGACACUGUUAGUAUGCCUAAAAUUUGCUCACCCAGUUGUUUUUUAUUUGAAAAAAAUACAUGACAUGCAACCUUUUUUUCUUGGAUUUCUCAGAUUUUAAAGUACUAUGUUAAAGGAAAAAUUAAUGUCUAAAGCCUAACAUUCUUGCAGCACCCCUGUACUAACAUGAUAUUGGGAGAGGGUGGGGCAGGUAGUAGAAAAACAGAUUUAAGCCGCAAGCUUUCAAAGCAUUUUUAUAAAUGGAAAAUACUUAAAUUAUGAGUAACAGCUUGGUAUAGUGUCCUUUUUUUAAAAUUCAGAACUUUUUUUAUUGAUAAUGAAGAUUGCUGUUUGAGUUUUAAAAGUUAAUCUAGAACAGAAGUAUUAAAAGUAAUGCUAUGCUGCAUUAUUUGAGAUUGUCAGCAAAUUAUUUGAUAGAUUGUUCUUAUGAUUUGUAUUCUGAUUACAGAGAACGAUCAUGAGUGUGGAAUAAAUACUGGAUUAAAUCCUCUAUGCUGGGUGUUGGCCUUAUCCCCCUUUUGUCAAGGUUUAAAAAAAAAUAUUUUUGUGAAAGUUGAUAAAAUGUUAGUAACUGAGUAACUUGGUGUUCAGGGGUGUCUCAGUGCCCAGAUGACAAGUGAAUUUUAAACAUGUAAACUAGAAUUGGACUUAGUAAUAGUCAGUGGUCCUUACUGGGUUUCUUAGUAAUGGCAGCUCAUUGUCAGUGGGUGUACUGAGUCCCUAGCUGGUUCUUUGGAUUGGGUGAUUAGUUUAAUAUCACAGGUGCUUAUUGAGGUACUUUACAUUUAAUUUACAGAUUAGAAUUCAUUUGAAAUUUGCACUUGGGAAGACGGAAGUUAUCCAGUUCUUUUUAGAACAGAGAAGUAGAGACCCAAAGUGAUUUGUUCAAUCAGUGCCAGGACUAAAAGUUGUGUUCCUGACAAUGUAUACCACCUGACAUUUCUCUUCUUUCACUGUUUAUAUCACCCAACCUAUGGGCACUCAGAAGCCACCUUGUGAAAGUGUUAAAUGAAGCAAAUAAGUACAUUUGGAAGAGUCCCAUCAUAUGUGGGCUUGAAUACCUACCUAACUUCAAAAAAAAACUCAUUAAAUGAAUUCCUCUGUGAAA